AUGUACAGUAAUAUAACUGUACAUCGAGGUUUGCGUAUUUCUCGCCAUGCUCCUUCGGUUUCUCAUCUUUUCUUUGCGGAUGAUGCAUUACUGUUUUUUCAAGUCUAUCCGACGGCUUGUGAAAACAUUCUGUCGGUCACACAUGAGUUCUGUUCGGUUUCGGGGCAGAUGAUCAAUUUACAGAAGUCUUUUGUUAGGUUUAUUUCUAAUACGCCGGAAGAUUAUCGGGACUAUUUAUCUUCAACCCUAAGGAUGAAAUCAUGCUCGUCGGUUGGUACAUACUUGGGUCUUCCGGUUGAUUUAGGUCGCAGCAAGUGCAAGGAAUUUCAAUUUAUGGUGGAUAAAGUGAUUAAGCGCCUGUCUUCUUUUGCUUCUCUUUCCUUAUCUCCGGCGGCGAAGUUGUGGAGUUCUGGUAAGAAGUCCAGAGGAUUAUCCUUAACCCCGGCUUCGGUUUUACACCUUCCCAAAGGAAUGGGGGGUUUGGGUAUUCGUCAAUUGCGUUCUUUUAAUUUGGCUCUGUUGGCCAAACAAGCUUGGAGGCUUAUUCAAAAUUCACAAUUGCUGGCUUCCCGUGUUCUCAAAGCUAAGUAUCCUGGCCUUCUUUCUUUUAAUCCUUCUUUUACUUCUAACAGACCUUCAUGGGGUAGUCGUGGGUUACUAGAAGGGGGUGGUGUUCUUUCUUCAAGUGUUGCUUGGAAAGUUGGUUCAGAUUCAUGUGCGUGGGAUACCUCUCUGGUUAGGCAUCUUUUUCCUGAAUCGGUGGCUUCUAAAAUCCUUGGUUUGGAUCGCCCAAGUCAGAAGUUUGACGAUUAUGUUUAUUGGAAAUUCACUCGGGAUGGAUCUUUCUCCACCAAGUCAGCUUAUACUGCUUUACUUUCUCAUAAUUCUCCUAUGGACCCUUCUUUUAUUUCUUCUGCUUGGUGGAAAUUUGAGUCCUCUUGCUCCUUCUGCCGUUGCCAUUUUGAAUAUGUGGAUCACUUAUUCCGGGAUUGUUCUUUAUCUCGUUUCUUGUGGGACUUCUUUCCUUGGGAUACGGGCCCAACACCAGAUACCUUGAUGCCAUUUUUUGAUUGGUUUUCAGAGGUCAUCUCAAACUUUGUAAAGUCCAAGAAUUGGGAAGCUCUUGACCGUUUAUUUGGUUUCGUGACCUCUUCUCGGACAUGGAUUCUUCGGGGUGAUCCUCAAGCUACCUAUGAGGUCGUGGUAGGUUUUGAUGGUGCUUGGGAUCCAGGGAACCAUAAUGCUGGAACUGGCUGGUUUUUUCAGGAACUCUAUUCUUCCCAGGUUGUGGGAGGUGGUGCCCGUGCUAGUAUGGCCACCUCUGCUCUGCAUUCUAAAUUGCUAGCUUGUCUCUAUGGGCUUAGGCAUGCUCGUCGUAGGGGUUUUAUUCAUGUCUGUCUUCUCACUGAUUGUAUGCGGAUUCCUCAGUUACUCUUAGGUCUGGGUUCGACGGAUAUCUCGGUUGCUUGGAUUCUACAGGAGAUUCAAGAUGUUUUAUGCUCCUUCGUCAAUUGUCAGAUCCGCAAGGUCUCUCAGGUUUUAGUUGCGAAGGCACAUUUUUUUGCUACAACUGCUCGACGACGGGAUUUACUUUUUCAUGUCUUUUAA